UGAAAUUCUCUGGCCAAAUUGAAAUGUACCGAGAGGCGGAGUGUCAAGAAAGACCUCACAGAAGUCUUCAGUCGUCACGCCGCGCUGUCGCUGCGACGACCGACGACGCGGAAAUGUGGCUGCGCGCGCAUUGGGGUCGUCACGACCAAUCGCGGCGGCGCGUGACGUAACAUAGCGCGAUCGAGUGGGAGGCUGCCGAGACGGAGGCGGGCGGCCGCAUCCUAGUCCCUUGAGCUCCGACCAUGAAGCCCCGGUCACCUUCGGAGGAGCAUCACGGGAAAAGACCCCGCGUCCCCGCCGCGGCGGGAUCCACGUCGCCGCAGGACGCAAUGGAAGACACGCCGCCUCCGCCCCCGCCUCCGACUUCGAAUCUGAAUCCGCGGGAACUCACCCAAAAUCCCCUCAAGAAGAUUUGGAUGCCGUGUAAAAAUGGCCUGCCCGAGAGGCACAUUUCUCAAAGGAAGGUAUGUAUGACCAACUGCCCUACCCUGAUCGUGACGGUGGGCCUUCCUGCCAGGGGGAAGACCUACAUCUCCAAGAAGCUGACUCGCUAUCUCAACUGGAUCGGGGUUCCCACCAGAGAGUUCAAUGUAGGACAGUACAGGAGAGAGUGUGUGAAGAUCUACAAGUCCUUUGAGUUCUUCCGUCCAGACAAUGAGGAAGGAUUAGAGAUCAGAAGACAAUGCGCUUCGGCCGCUCUAAACGAUGUACGGCAGUACCUCGCGGAAGGAGGCGGCCAAGUUGCGGUUUUUGAUGCGACAAAUACCACCAGAGAGAGGAGGGAAACCAUCAUCGAGUUUGCGGAGCAGAAUGGCCUCAAGGUGUUCUUUGUGGAAUCUGUGUGCGAGGACCCCGAUGUAAUCCAGGAGAAUAUUGUGCAAGUGAAACUGGGCAGCCCCGACUACACAAAUUGCAACACCGAGGAGGCGGUGGAAGACUUCAUGAAGAGGAUCAAAUGUUAUGAAAACUCGUACCAAACCCUGGAUGAGGUCUUGGACAGGGAGCUCUCCUACAUCAAAAUUAUGGAUGUGGGUCAGCGCUAUCUGGUCAACCGGGUCUUGGACCACAUCCAGAGUCGGAUCGUCUACUAUCUCAUGAACAUCCACAUCACGCCUCGCUCCAUCUACCUGUGCCGCCACGGCGAGAGCGAGCUCAAUGUCAAGGGUCGCAUCGGGGGGGACUCGGGUCUCACGGCCAGAGGCAAAGAGUUUGCCAAGAAGCUGGCCCACUUCAUCCGGGCUCAGGGCAUCAGCCGGCUGAAGGUGUGGACCAGUCAAAUGAAGAGAACCAUCCAGACGGCCGAAGCUCUCAGCGUGCCCUACGAGCAGUGGAAGGUCCUCAACGAGAUUGACGCCGGUGUAUGUGAAGAGAUGAUGUAUGAAGAGAUUCAAGAUCACUACCCUCUGGAGUUUGCACUGCGGGACCAGGACAAGUACCGUUACCGCUACCCGAAAGGAGAGUCCUAUGAGGACCUGGUGCAGCGGCUGGAGCCGGUCAUCAUGGAGCUGGAGAGGCAGGAGAACGUGCUGGUCAUCUGUCACCAGGCCGUCAUGCGCUGCCUGCUGGCCUACUUCCUGGACAAGACCGCAGAGGAGCUGCCCUACCUCAAGUGUCCGCUGCACACCGUGCUGAAGCUCACGCCAGUGGCCUACGGCUGUAAGGUGGAGUCCAUCGGCCUCAACGUAGACGCCGUCAACACACACAGAGAGAAACCAGAGAACGUGGAGGUGUCGCGGAUGUCAGAGGAGGCUCUGCUAACGGUGCCAGCCCACCAAUGAGGCGGCGCACCUCCCCUGGCCUCCACAGGCCUCGUUGCGCAACCCGCCCGCCUCUUUGCUCUCCACCCCGCUCCCAUCCUCCGCCGUCCGCGCUGCCUGCACUGCACUCGCGUGUCCGCUCGCAGGAGACGCCAUCGAUGAUGGUGAUCGCUGACUGGAAUCCAGUUCACUCUUGAUUAUUUCCGAAAAUAUGACACGGAGCUCGCGUUGUCGUGCGCACGCUCCCUUUUGGGGAGAACAAAUGAAGUGACUGCUGUGCGCAUGUGAACUAGCAAUACGGUCCCAUGAAGUUUUUCUUCUUUUCUUUCCUCUCACCACUUUGAACUGAUGUAACGCAGUUACCUUGUUUUUUUUGUGUUUGUUUUUUUUUUUAACACAAAGGUACUUGUACUUUUGCAGCAUUGCACAUUGUCUGUUUCUUCCACAAGUGUGUAGAAUGUCUCAAGUGAAAUCAUGGAAGUCUCGCUACGCUUUUUGACGGUGUGUACGUGUUGUUUUUCCUCAAGUCACUGACCCGAUGAAAAAUAUGUGUUGUUUCUAAAUAAACUCCCUUCACUCAGCGAUUCUC